AUGGCGAUCAAGACAGCUGGUGAGGGGAUCGCCUUGAAGACGCCCCAGACGCCCUUCACGCUCUCUUACUAUGCUCCGCAUGAUGGUGGCAGACGGACAACCUAUGAGCGUGAAAUCUCCAACUGCGAAGCAGUUGGUGACCAGGGCAAAAGCAGAGCGUACUUGAAGAUGGAUAGGCUUCCCAGAGAGUUCUUGGCGCAAGAGGCCAUCGCCACGGGCAGUGCCAAAGUGAGACGGGAGCAGCCGGAUGCUCCUGCCCACAUGGAUCCAAAGGUCAAGCGGCUUAUGCGAGAAAUUGCUGUCUCCGAGGGCAUGAGGCAAGAGGUGGCCAUGAACCCAGAGUUUGUCGCUGACAUCAAGCGAAAGCACAAGGUGGAUCAUGUGACCAGUAUCUUCACGGAUCCUCGAUUGCCAAGCGAUGAUUGCAGCACAUACAAUUUGCACAACCAGUUCCAGGGGCACCUGGCCGAUCGGGUGGACAAGAAGCACUUCUUGCAGAAGAACUUCUACUCGGAGUAUGUGGAAGCACUUGCCAAGCAGAAGGGUCUGAUGAUGGAGAAGAACAAAGGAGCCUAG